CAACGGGCCGACCGGAGACUCUGUUGCAGCUGAACGGCAGCCGGUAAACAGCCGUGAAUGUGUGAAAGGAGAACCAUGUACUGGGACACCUUCAUCAAACCUACAGACAGACACACGGACGGCGCAGGCUCAAAGUUAAAGAUGGAGAUUUGUCAGACUGGAUACUACACAGAAGACUUCAGGACGCAGGAGGUUCCAGCCGGAUUUGACUUUGCAUCUUAUGACUAUCCUGGUGAAGACCUGUCUUUUCUGUUAGACAGUAAAGCGCCUGGACAGCAGCAGUUUGUGGCAGAAAGCAGCUACCCGGAGCCACCUAAAGCUUCACACUCAUACGACACCAAAGUGAACUCAGGUGACGCUGCUCUCGUCAACCUGGACUCGUACCAGGAGUUCAACUGGUGGGCGUCAUAUCCACAAGACGGACUGACAGUGGACCAGACUGGAUACCAGGACUCUCCACAGACCUACCAGAACCUGGUGCCCCAGCCCAGCCAGUUCAGUCCGGCCGUGGAGGGUAGCAGCAGCAGCUUCCUGCCCGGGAAAACUUCCAGCACAUUACAGAGUGAGACGGAUCAGAACUACUACAACUCAGACGGACCCAGGCAGUCCUUCUGGUCCGAAUACCCGUCUCCCAGCUUCACCGCCCCCCCACCUCAUCCGCCCUUGACCUCCUGCCCCUCCAACCCUCAGCCCUCAGAGCAGUACUGCCCUCGUGUGGCCAAACGAAAAAGCACGGCGCCCCAGAGGCCCGACAGGGAGGGCCACAUGACGGGAAUGUCAGCUUAUCCCGGUUCUGGUCCGAUCCAGUUGUGGCAGUUUUUGCUGGAGCUUCUUUUGGACUCAGCCUGCCGGACUUUCAUCUCAUGGACGGGAGACGGCUGGGAGUUCAAGAUGUCCGACCCCACGGAGGUGGCCAAACGCUGGGGUCAGUGCAAGAACAAACCCAAGAUGAACUACGAGAAGCUGAGUCGCGGCCUGCGUUACUACUACCACAAGAACAUCAUCCACAAGACGGCGGGAAAACGCUAUGUGUACCGCUUCGUCUGCGAUGUGCAGGGCAUGCUGGGAAAGACAGCGCAGGAGGUCCUGAGCAGUCUGAACGUUCUGCCCUCGAACGUGGAGGUGUGGCAGCGGCCGGCGGCGUCCGAGCACAGCAGUGAACCGUGGGCGUCCCAGUAGGGUGCAGUCAGUCCCUGUUAGCUCUGCAGUGACAGGUGAUGCUAAAUGAAGGUCCUACUGAACAAACAGCUCCUAAACCUCAGGGCUACACAAGCAGCUGCUGGCAUUUUAAAGCACUAUGGAUAAAUAUUUUAUGCAGUGUGUUUUCUAAGAAAGAAUAAGUUUGUAAAUCCUGUUUAUAUGAACCCUGUGCAGAGUUUUGUGCAUUUAUAUUAUUAUUUUUUUACAUGCAAAACUCAUGUCUACCUCUGUUUUCUGGCAACCCGAUGCCUUUCAGGCACUCACUGUGAAGCUUUUGGUGAUGUGUGAUGAUUGUGUCGUGUAAAUAAACUGUAUAUACACAUACAUCCAAA